AUUGUACCCAUGGAUUUUUGUCAAAUUUUAACUAUAAGGGUGUAGAAGAGGGCCAGAAAUAGAUCUUUACGUUCAUUUGGAAGCAUUUGACAGCUUUCUAAACUUUUCUUCCUGUUUUGGGGAUUUUCAAGUAAUAUGUUCUCUGUGUGUAUAAAGUAUGGUUCACUCCUGUAAAAUGAAAUUGCUGGAAUCAAUCAGAGCAGUGCACCAUUAGAAUUAUUUAUAAGGAAUUACUGUGUUUGACAGUAGCAGCAGUGCAAGUCUGGAACUAUAUUCUGCAGUUUCCCACUUCUGUUUUAAAGCAUAUUUUAAACACUUUGGGGUUACUAUAGAACUAAAACUCACAAUUUGAUAUAUUUAUUUAUAUUUUUAAAGUAUAAUAUGACCUCAGCUCAGUGGAGGAAUACUGUAUUAUUCAGGUUUGUGUCAGUUUCAUAACAUUAAAAUUUGGUUUUGUCAGUUUCUUAAAAUUAUGAUCAGUGAGUGGUCUAGCAGUUUAAGGCAGUCAUAACUUAUGAGUAAAACGAGGCUCUGCAGGCACUGAAAUGCUCAACUGAAAUGCUUUUAGGGUCCACUUUAUAUGAUUACUCACUUAUGCCACAAUAGAUAAAUCUUUGAAAACAAAUGCUUUUAAAUUUUAAGUUAAAAAGGAAAAAGCAGGUUCAGGUCACAAGAGUUUUAGAGUAUGCCUUGUUACCAGCAGUAGUUCAUAUUAAAGUAAGCCAGGUUUUUGCCAAGAUCAGUGUUUCCUCAAAAUGAAGGUAGAAAUAGACUUAUAAUAGUGUGCUCUUGUACCUCUACAUAGGUUCUUAAAUAAUUUUGAGCAGUUACGCAUUUAUCUAGAGGAAGUCAACUGUGAAUAAAUGCAUGUUUACCAAAAUGAUUGUUUUACAGUGCAUUUAGUUCUGAUAUUUAUUAAGUUGACAUUUCACACAAUAACUUUUAAAUAGUUUGGAAUUCUAUAUAGUUUAGACAUCAGUCACAUCUGAGAUAAGUAAAGGAAAAUGUGCAAUAUUUUUUAUGUAGGUGAGCUAACACAGUGUACCUAAUUGCGGAAUUAUCUGAUUAAUUUGUAAUAGAUAAGUUGUAUAACAUUUUCAUAUCUAAAGAUGUUUUUUAGAUCAAUCUCAAGUGAAAUAAUAUUUUCAGAAUAAAAUUCUACAGAAAAAGUCUACUGGCUAUGAUAUGCACAUUUUUAAGCAAGAUAUGAACUAGAGCCAAAAGUAGCAUUUGACAGUUUGAUUUACUCUGCCAUAAUAUGCAAGCUUCUUAUCUGUAGAUAUUUUUUAAAACAUAGUCAUGAUGUAUGUGAUUAUUAGUAAAUACAUCAGUAUUAUAAUUAGAUAUUUGGGUUUUCAGUUUAGAGAAUUCAUCAUUUCACUGACAUUAAUGGAGUAUGUUUACCUUGAAUGGUAAGAUUUUAUAAAUAGGGCUUCCAUGAUUUGGGAUGUGAAUGCUAAAACUUAUACGUAAGUUAAUUAGAUGUGUAAUUUGGUUAUGAAGUCUUUUCUAAAGUGAUACCACCAGAAAAUUAAUAGAUUAAUUUUUUGAGACAAUCAUUGGUCUGGAUUGGUUAAUAAAAACUGUCUUAAGAGGUUUUCUUUUCAAAUAUUUCUAGUGUAUUAAUCAUACUUGUUUUUGUGGAAUGGGGGUAAACCACACCAUUAAAAGAAUAAAAUGUAAUUUGGAAAGAGGUAAUUAUAAGAUUUGUUUCAGGCCCCAAAAUAUAAAUAAAGAUUGGUGUGGAAUUUCAGUGUAUAUGUUUCCUGCCCUUGUAAAAUGUCUUUUUAAAAAAGCAUCUGUUUCUAAUGGUAUAACACAAUAGGUGAACUUUCCAAACAUCAUCUUUUUUUUAAUGUCUGAGUUAUUUUGUUUCUUCAAAGGAAGACAUGAAGUAUAAAUAGUAUUUUUAAUUUAUUGAAGUUUCUAAAAUGCGCAAAGCAUGGUUUAGUGGAAAUAGUAUUAGAUUCAUUGGAUUGUCCUGCCUCUGCUGUUUGAUAUAUUUUGGGCAAAUCACUUAAUCACAGUGGAACUCAGUUUCUUCAGCUGUAUAACGGUGGAAUUAGAUUAUCUCUAAGGUCUUAAGUUCUUCAGUUUUAAGUAGAAUUUGGUUGUAAUGUCUAAACCUUAUAUGAGAAAAUGGGCUUAAAAUAACUUAAUAGCCCUUAAAAUAACUCAUGUGUGAUGAGUUACAUUGAUACCAUGAAGGUUUACUAGGUGUCAUCCAUAGAGUUUUCCUAUAAAAACACAUAAAUCUGCCACAUUCUGAUUGUGGUAAUGUUAAGAUAAAAUUAUCUUAAGUUACCAAUUUAUUGAAUAUAUGGAAUUUUGUAAAUACAAAAAUUUACCAGUUAAACCUAAGUGGAUGUAGUAGUGUUAUCAUUUCAAAGAGGUAAAACUGUGUUAGCUAUAAGGGAGCACUUAACCCUUAACUUUAAUGAAAAAAGUUUAUAUAAAAUUGAAUUUCAAAGUAUUAAAUAGAUAUUUAGUUUUAUAGCAAAAUAAACUGUAGACUCUGUAACACGUUUAUGGGUGAGACCAUGGGGAUGAUCUGAGAAAUAUCUCACAACAGCCAUACAUCGCAUUAUAGCUGCUGUUCCUCCAGUACAACUUGGGUUUAAGUGUCAUUGGAAGAGCCUUUUAUUGAUAUUUGUAGAGAAAAGUACUGCAAGCUAGUUUUGCUUUUCUGAGCCAAACUAGUGGGUAUUUAAGAGGCUUUUGUUUCCUAUUGGUAUUAAGGCAAAUCACUGAUUGCCUUUGUUGUUGAACUGAAAAUGUAGUGGAGAGGCUUUGAAGCCCAGUGAGGGGAACCAUUCAGAGAAAGUACAUGUAAAUCAAGCUCUUAGAACUUUAAUCAUACUUGCACUUUGCUUUUUCCUGGGAUCUGUCACUCCAGCAGAUAUAACACAUGCUAAAUGUUCUUUUGUGCAGAGCUUUCUGCCUUCAGUUGGAGAGAUGGUCAUGCAUCUUGAGGAGCUCUGAAGACCACUUGAAAAAUCUGCAACCACUCUUAGGAGGAGCUUAUUUAAAAAAUCAGCUCAGUUGGACUCUACAAAUUAAACCAUCGGUUUUCAGUGAAUACAGAAUCAUGUGUUUCAAAUCCUAUAGCAUGACUUUUGCCUGCCUGAAUAGGAUGAAAAGUUACAGGCCUCUCACUGUUGUGGCCUCUCCCAUUGCGGAGCACAGGCUGCGGAUGUACAGGCCCAGCGGCCAUGGCUCACGGGCCCAGCCGUUCCGCGGCAUGUGGGAUCCUCCCGGACCGGGGCACGAACCCGUGUCCCCUGCAUCGGCAGGCGGACUCUCAACCACUGCGCCACCAGGGAAGCCCAAACUCCCUUGGACAAGACCGUACAGUACUUCCCGGACCACUGUAGACAGCAGUGAGGUGAAGACCUUCCUGGCCUUGGCGCACAGGUGGUGGGACGAGCAAGGAGUAUAUGCACCUCUUCACUCUAUGAAUGACCUGAGGGUGCCGUUCAUUAGAGACAAUCUUUUAAAAACAGUUGCUGAUCACCAGCCAGGAAAACCUUUGUCUGGGAUGAAGAUUCUUGAUGUUGGCUGUGGUGGUGGAUUGUUAACGGAGCCUCUAGGGCGGCUUGGGGCUUCAGUUAUUGGAAUUGAUCCUGUGGAUGAGAACAUUAAAACAGCACAGCACCAUAAAUCAUUUGACCCAGUCCUGGAUAAGAGGAUAGAGUACAGAGCAUGUUCCCUGGAAAAGAUUGUGGAAGAAACUGCAGAAACAUUUGAUGCUGUCGUAGCUUCUGAAGUUGUAGAACAUGUGAUUGAUCUAGAAAUGUUUAUACAGUGCUGCUGUCAAGUGUUAAAACCUGGUGGUUCUUUAUUCAUUACUACAAUCAACAAAACACAGCUGUCCUAUGCCUUGGGAAUUGUAUUUUCAGAGCAGAUUGCAGGUAUUGUACCAAAAGGUACUCAUACAUGGGAGAAGUUUGUUUCACCUGAAAAGCUAGAGAGCAUUCUGGAAUCAAACGGUCUGUCAGUUCAAACUGUGGCAGGAAUGCUCUACAACCCCUUCUCAGGUUACUGGCAUUGGAGUAAAAACACCAGCCUUAAUUAUGCAGCUCAUGCCGUGAAAUCCAGCAUACAGGAACACCCAGCUCCUGCCGAGUUUGCUUUAAAGGAGGAAACAGAAGAGCUCCGAAUUGAAACCUCCACCAACUCAGGUGUGCAUGAAGGGCUGAAGAAAUGAAUUGUUUCUAAGGACUGUAGUAAAAUGGCUUGAAAGUCUGAUGUUUACAAAUACACAAAAUAUACCAUUUGUCUUUUUUUUUUUUUUUUUUUUUUGGUACGCGGGCCUCUCACCGCUGUGGCCUCUCCCGUUGCGGAGCACAGGCUCCGGACGCGCAGGCUCAGCGGCCAUGGCUAACGGGCCCAGCCGCCCCGUGGCAUGUGGGAUCCUCCCAGACCGGGGCACGAACCUGUGUCCCCUGCCUUGGCAGGUGGACUCUCUACCACUGCGCCACCAGGGAAGCCCACCAUCUGUCUUUUGAGACGGGAUCAUAAAGAAAAGAAAGUCAAUAGAAAGGGCUAAAACCUUAGAAAAAAGCUUUUGUUGUUUCAUCUAAUAGCUACCUUCAAGGGAUUAGUCUAUGGAUUAAAAAAAGUUUUGAUGAGGUAUUAUGUGAUCUAGGAGUUUAAGUUUCUCAGGCUUUGUUAUAUAAAUAGGGUAUACAUAUUUCACUUCAUCUUACAGAUUAUAUGAUAUUUUUCCCGCAUGUAUGCACAUACAUAUAUACUGUAAUGUUUUAAUUUAAGUAAAUUUGUAUCAUCUAGGUUCUUCUUUAUUUGGUUUUAGUUAAAGGCAGUUAUGCUUCUGACUGGUUUUAUUUUAUACCACUUAUAUUUAGGAAGAUAAAAUGUCUUUUUUCCUUUAAAUUUUGGUUUUUGGAAAGCAAAUUGAUUGUUAAAUAUAUACUGGGUUUGGUCAAACAUUAGAAUCAAGAAAUUCAGAUUAUGUUGGACAUUUUUCUCUGUACAGUUCUAUAAAUGUUUUGUGGUGCCUUUUUUAAGUAGAAAAGAUUUUUGAACUCAAUUUAAGAGUUUAGUUACGGAAAGUUUCUUUUUCGGCUAACAUUUUGUAAUUAGAGGGACUGACUUGAAAUAUACUUACACGCCUCUUGAAGUAUGUGAUUUUUUUGGCUUUUUCUGAAAGUCCAGAAUGUAUAAGGACUUUGAUAGAGGGUGUUGACCAAAUAUGAGAAAUAUAGGUUGAACACAUGUGACUCAUAUAGAAAGGCAGCUUUUACUUUCUAGCCUUUCUCACCAUUUUUUUUUUUUUUUGGCUGCACCCCACUGGACCGCCGGGAAUUCCCUAGCCUUUCUCACUUUUAAGCUCAUAAGCUUUCAGUAUUUCUUUGUCAAUGCCUGUUGGAUUGGGCUCACCAUGCAAACAAUUCCCAACCAUCUUAGCUUAUCAUUUGCAUUCCAGGGAGGAAACUGAAAUUUAAAGGGUUAAAAGAAAUUUUAACUUCAGUUGCUAAUGUCUAAUUAGGACACUAAAAAUCAGGAGUUCCCACUGGGUUUCAUUUAAAAGUUUGAUUCUUAGUCUGAAUUCUAGUAGUUUUGUUACUAAAGCAAAGCUUCUUCAUUCUAUCUGUUGGGAAAAAAGAAAAGUGUUGGUAUUAAUCUAAAUGGAAAACCAGAAACUGUAAAACUCUUAGAAGAAAACAUAGGUGGAAUACUCUGACAUAUAUUGUAGCAAUGUAUUUUUGUUUUUUUUUUUGGUCUCCUCAAGCAAAGGAAACAAAAGCAAAAAUAAAUGAAUGGAACCCAAUUAAACUUAAAAACUUUUGCACAGCAAAGAAAACCAACAACAAAACAAAAAGACAAUGUACUGAAUGGGAAAAAGUAUUUGCAAAUGAUAUGAUUGAUAAGGGGUUAAUAUCCAAAAUAUAUAAACAGCUCAUACAACUCAACAUCAAAAAAACAACCAGAUUAAAAGAUAGACAAGGCUUCCCUGGUGGCACAGUGGUUGAAAGUCCGCCUGCCGAUGCAGGGGAAACGGGCUCGUGCCCCGGUCUGGGAAGAUUCCACAUGCCGCAGAGCGGCUGGGCCCGUGAGCCAUGGCCGCUGAGCCUGUGCAUCCGGAGCCUGUGCUCUGCAACGGGAGAGGCCACAACAGUGAGAGGCCCGUGUACUGCAAAAAAAAAAAAAAAGAUAGAUGACCUGAAUAGACAUUUUUCCAAAGAAGAUAUACAGAUGGCCAAUAGGCACAUGAAAAGAUGCUCAACAUCGCUAAUCACCAGGGAAAUGCAAAUCAAAACCACAAUGAGGUAUCAACUCUCAUCUGUCAGAAUUGCUAUCAUCAAAAAGUCUACAAAUAACAAGUGUUGGCAAGAAUGUGGACAAAAGAGAACCCUUGUACACUGUUGGUGGGCAUGUGAAUUGGUGCAGCCCCUACAGAAAACAGUAUGGAGAUUCCUCAAAAAACUAAAAAUAGAACUACCAUAUGACCCAGCAAGUCCACUCCUGAGUAUUUAUCCAAACAAAACAAAAACAAAAAUACUAAUUCAAAAAGAUAUGUGCACCCCAACGUUCAUAGCAGCACUAUUUACAAUUGCCAAGAUAUGGAGGCAACCUAACUGUCCAUCAACAGAUGAAUGGAUAAAGAAGAUGUUAUUUAUAUAUAUGUAUUGGGUUGGGCAAAAAGUUCGUUCAGGUUUUUCCACCCGAACAGUUUUUUUUGCCACCCUAAUACACACACACACACACACACACACACACACACACACACAAUGGAAUACUACUCAGCCACAAAAAAGAAUGAAAUUUUGCCAUUUGCAACAACAUGGAUAUUGUUGGAGGGUCUUAGAUGCUAAGUGAAAUAAGACAGAAAGAUAAGGUGAAGGGGCAAGAUACAAGAGAUACAAACUACUAUGAAUAAAAUAAACUACAAGGAUAUAUUGUACAGGGACUUUCCUGGUGGCACAGUGGUUAAGAAUCCGCCUGCCAAUGCAGGGGAGGUGGGUUCGAUUCCUGGUCCAGAAAGAUCCCACAGGCCGUGGAACAGUUAAGCCCGUGCACCACACCUACUGAGCCUGCGCUCUAGAGCCUGUGCACCGCAACUACAAAAGCUGGCAAACCUGGAGCCCGUGCUCUGCAACAAGAGAAGCCAUUGAAAUGAGAAGCGCGCGCACCGAAACGAAGAGUAGCCCUUCCUCACCACAACUAGAGAAAGCCCGUGCACAGCAGCGAAAACCCAAUGCAGCCAAAAAUAAAUUAAAAAGUUAAAAAAAAAACGAUUAAUCUAAGGACUGUGUAAUGAAAUUGAUUAAAAAGCAGCCCCCAAAGGGCAUUUAUUUUAGAAAGAACACUCUUUCAAUUAUUAAAAAUAUACAUUGUUAAGUGAUGGAAAUUCAGUAUGAUUCAGUAAUAGCCCCAUUAGGUAGGGACUACCGUCCACUCCAUUUCACAGAGAUGUUAAAUGUAUUCAGCCUCUCACAAGUAGUAAGAUGCAGACCCAGGCAGUCUGAUUGCUGAGCUUGUGCACGUCACCACUUUGAUACUUGUACCUAGUAUCUGUACCAUCAUAUGGUCAUCGUGGUAGAAUAACCACACACAACUGGAUUAUUAUCACGUAUGUGAAUUGUCUGUAUGCAAGGUAGCACCUUCAAAAGCAUUUAAAUCAAACAGCAUCACAAAAUCUAGAGUCUGGGCUAUUUGCCUCAGUUCUCUUAGAGCUUCAUUGCCUUUCUAUGACUGUAACAAUUACAUGCUACUGAUGGCAACUUAAUAAAAUGCUUUAAAGACCCCAAAUAAAAUUAUAGCCUUACUUUCUAUUAUAGUUACAGGUUUUACUAUUGUAUUAAUUAUAAAUUGAAGAGAAGUAUUGAAUUCAAGUACUACACAACAAAAAUAUCUCAGUCAAGCAAAAAAGUAAAAAAUUUUGACAUCAUUUGAAAUGUCUUUUUGACGUGUGCUAGGGACACUCAACGAGGGCUUCUGUGCUACCAUUGACCUGGAAUACACAAUAUUGAGAGGCAUCAAGUAAAGAUUUAGAGAGACUGCUCGGUAACGAGGCAUAGGAGUAAGUCAUGCUUACUGGAAAUAUUUUUUAAACCUGGAUUGGCAAGGUCCCUGCAAUUCUGUAAAACAUAUUUGUAUAAUUACAGGCUUACAGACAUUGAUCCAAAAAUCUACGAAUCCUAAGAAAAUGUCAAUGGAGAAAUAAAGACGGAAACGAAACCAAAUGAAAGUGUUAGAACAGUCAACACAUAAUUGCUUUUAUUAACUUACAAUGCGACUCUAUUAGAAGGGAGAUUCUUACUUGACUAUUACUAAUGAGAUGCAAAUGACAUGCAAGUCUUCUCUGUAUCAAAAAAAAAAAAAAAAAAGCCAAAAA